AUGAAACCGGUUCACUUUCUUGCAGCUUACAUAGCUACUGCGGCGGCGGCUCCUGUUCAGCAGUUGGAUAAACGACUAGUGCUGUACACUGUGUCCAAUCCACUACUGCAAGUAGUCAGAAAUGUUGAUAUCGCGGCAAAGCGUCUUCUAUUUUCUUAUGAUACGGGAACUGGAGGGGGCCCACCUUCACCAGGAGGCGUACUAGGACUUGCAGCCGUUGCAACUGACAGGCUAAUAACUAACGCUGAAGUAGCUGCCCAAGGUGUCGUUGAUUUGGGUGAUAAGUCGGCUAUCGAUAAUAACAAAGCUGCGUUGAAUGGCCUUCAAACAUUAGAGGACUACAAAAAGCUUUACGAGGGGUACUGGGCCGCAACUUCUGCCCCAACUGGUGUCAGCCCAGGCCUACUCACAAACUAUACCCAAGACUUGCUGUUUUCCAUGCAACGGCUGUCUACAAACCCGUAUGCUGUCAGGAGACUUGCUCCAGGAGAAACACUCCCAUUCAGCGUAGAUGACACGAUCGUUAAAAACCUCACUGGUACCGAUAACGGCAGUGAGGUAAUUGUUGGAAUAGAUCUAGAUACCCUCUUGUCGCAAGGGCGGCUGUUCUAUGUGGACCACAGCGUGCUCAAAGACUUUGAAACUGAGCAGUCCGCCAAUCACGCAGGAGGAUGCGACGCCUAUUUCUUUAUUCACCCAACGACGGGACAGUUCUUGCCUUUAGCUAUUCGAACUAAUUAUCAGAGCAAUUUGAUCUACACACCACAUGACAGCUUUGAGGACUGGCUGUUGGCCAAGAUCAUGUUUAACGCUGAUGACUUGUUCAUGGCUCAGUUCUAUCAUUUUUCAGGUUCCCAUUUCGUUAGCGAGGCUAUCUUCCAAGCUGCCGUUCGAACUUUGAGCGAGGAGCAUCCCGUUUUGGCUAUCCUCAGAAGAUUGAUGUAUGGCGCCUUUGGAAUCCGACCUUUAGCAGUUGACAUACUCUUCCCUGUCGGAGGUCUCAUAGAUCGGCACUUCGGUUACAGCGGAAGAGCGGCAGAGAGCUACUCAAACUAUUUAUACGAAAGUGGAAUUUCCGGUGCCGUCCAGGCCAACUACUUCAAGGCCAAUCUAAAGCGUCGUGGCCUCAUAGAGCCUGCUUUUGGCCCGGCAUUGACACAUUUCCCUUUCUAUGAGGAUGCUCUUCCUCUCUGGAACGCCAUGCACACGUUUAUGACCGCCCUUGUUCACAGCUACUACCCUACUGACGCAUCGGUCGCCGCCGAUAAUGAAAUCAUGGCCUGGAUGGAUGAAGCAAACGGGUCAGCUGAGGUUGUCGAUUUCCCCAAUAGGGCGACAAUGAAUUCCCGGGCCAAGCUUAUCGACGUUCUUACACAUGUUGCCCACCUCGUAUCGACCGCACACCACGUCGUUAACACCAAUGCCCUUAUAACUGCAGGAGCUGUUCUUCCACUCAACCCAGGUGCUCUGUUCCACCCAAUCCCAACCGCGAAAGGCGAAACAGACGUUGCAAAAUACCUUCCAGAUGUGGAUAAGUCUAUUGCUUAUAUCUUUAAUACGGGACUAUUUUCAAGGCCUUUACUCGCUGGAACGGACCGUACGAUCGUUCACAUGUUUGACGAUCCGGUCAUGCUUCUACGAAUGAAACCUGCCGUUAGAAUUGCCAACAACGUAUUCAAGGCCACAAUGGAGGCGAGAAGCACCAUCUUUAAACACCGUCGGCUCGAUAGCAAUGGAUUGAGUCAGGGCAUGCCAUUCGUAUGGAAGACCCUAGACCCCGAUGUUGCACCAUGGAGUUUGACGGUUUAG